UUUGCCGUAUAGAUACAAACAUCUUAAGUAAGCUGCAACUUCUAGACUUGAGUUCGAACAAUUUUAAUGCACGAAUUCUUGAGUCAUUGGCUGCCUUUCCAUCAUUGAAGACAUUAGAUCUCUCAUUUAAUAAUUUGAAAGGAUUGUUUACCACUAAAGAGUUGGGUGAACUAAACAACCUUGAGGAAUUGUACUUGGAAUAUUCAUCAAUUGAUAAAAGCUUUCUUCAUAAAAUUGGAGUUAUGACUUCUCUUAAUAUAUUGGAAAUGAACGGCUGUGGACUGAUGGGCAGCUUACCUCCCCAAGGCUGGUGUGAACUUAGGAAGCUCCAAGAGAUAGACCUCAGCUACAAUAACUUUGAAGGGAUACUACCUUCAUGUAUGGCGAACUUGACAUCACUCCGUGUAUUGGAUCUCUCUUACAAUAAUUUUAAUGGGAACAUUGAUCAGUCCCCACUAUCAAGUUUGUCAUCACUUGAGUACCUUUCUUUCUCAAAUAACAACUUCUUGAUCCCAUCCACAUUGUCAUUCCUUUUCAACCUCUCAAACCUUAAGAUCUUAUUAAGUGAUAACAAUAUAUUGGCUUUAGAAUCUGACUCCCAUACUUGGAUUCCAAAGUUCCAAUUAAAGGUUUUCAGUUUGUCGAAUUGUUCAUUUAACAUUCUCAAUAGCACACUUCCCAAAUUUCUUCAUUACCAAUAUGAUUUGCGAGCAAUUACUCUCUCUCACAACCAGUUGGUUGGGCAGUUUCCUAACUGGCUGUUAGAGAACAAUACAAGAUUGGAGGUUUUUAUUCUAAACAAUAACUCUUUUACGGGGCCUUUCGUAGUGCCAUAUGAUAUUCGUUCCAGAAUUUUUACAAUAGAUAUUUCAGAUAAUUACUUACAUGGUCCAAUUCCCACAAACCUCGGUCUAAUUUUUCCAAAUUUAGAUUAUUUAAAACUGUCUAACAAUGAAUUUCAAGGCAGUAUUCCUUCUUCUUUUGGGAAUUUGGUUUUCUUACGGCGUCUAGACUUGUCUGGGAAUAAUUUCUCAGGAACAGUACCAAUACAUUUCAUAAUGGGCUGCUACCAGUUAGAACUUCUCACAUUAUCAAACAAUAGCUUCAGUGGACCAAUAUUUCCUACCAAUUUUAAUUUGACUAAGCUACAAUUUUUACAUUUGGACAACAAUCACUUCUCAGGCAUGCUUCCAACAUGGAUGGGGAACAUGUCAUCUUUAAUGCAAAUUGUUAUAGCCAAAAAUCAUUUUGAAGGUCCUAUUCCAAUCGAAUUAUGCAAACUCCUUUCUCUUACAUUUCUUGACCUUUCUGACAACAAUUUGUCUGGCUCUAUUCCAUCUUGCUUCAAUACCUCAAGUAUCAAAUUUUUUCAAUUAAAUAAAAAUUUCUUGAGCGGUCCAAUUCCAACUGCUUUCCCAAAUAACUCCAAUCUACUUGUACUGAAUCUUCGAGAUAACCAUCUAACUGGCAACAUUCCCAAUUGGAUUGGAAGCCUCUCCGCAUUGAGAAUUCUCCUCUUGAAAUCAAAUUAUUUAGGAGGUCAGAUUCGAAUUCAAUUAUGCCUCUUGCAGAACUUAAACAUUUUGGAUCUUUCAUACAAUAAAUUUUCAGGUUCGAUACCUCUUUGCUUGAGUAACAUUACUUUCGAUGCAUCUGCCCGAAGAACUUUUUCAAGAGAUUCAUAUGGAGAGUUAUUUCUGUCCAAUAGUUUGUCAUUAUCAAGAAAUAUUGAAGAUCUAAAUAAUUUUAUGCAUAUGUCCAAUGGAGAUGUGAAUGCUUUUGAAGAAGUAGAGUUUGCAACAAAAAGUAGAACUUACUCCUACAAGGGUGACAUCCUCGAGUACAUGUUUGGAGUUGACCUCUCGUGCAACAACCUAUCAGGUGAAAUCCCACCAAAACUCGGUAGGAUGAGCAGCAACAUUCGUGCAUUGAAUUUGUCACACAACAAUCUAUCCGGACCAAUCCCUGUGACAUUCUCAAAUUUAAAGGAGAUAGAAAGUCUGGAUCUUUCCUUCAACAAUUUGAAUGGCAAAAUUCCACCCCAGUUAACUGAAAUGACCUCUUUAGCGGUGUUUAGUGUGGCACACAACAACUUAUCAGGUACAACACCUGAUAGAAAAAACCAAUUCAUUACUUUUGAUGAAAGCAGUUAUGAGGGGAACCCUCUCCUAUGUGGACCUCCAUUACGUAAUGGUUGCACCAAAUUGAGACCACCAUCGACAAUGCCAGUGGAUAAUGAGGGUGAAGUAGGUGGUAGUUUCAUGGACAAGGAUGUCUUCUACAUAAGCUUCAUGGUGGCUUACAUAACAGUCAUGUUGGGAAUUGUUGCAGUUCUCUACAUAAAUCCAUACUGGCGUACGGUGUGGUUUAACCUCAUUGAAGUUACUAGUCCAAUGCAUCGGGAAGUUGCUAAUUGCUUUAUGGCAAUAUGGCUCUUUUCUACCAUGGACUUAACCAAGCAGAACUUGCAUUGCAGCACGUCUCAGGCAUUGCUCUUGCCAAGCUUGUCAUCAGGCCCAGAUCACCAUGGUGUCGCUGCAACUUUCGCUCAUCCUGACUUAAUACAGGCAUUCCAAGCUGCUGCAACAGCUAGAGGGUCUGGGACUUCAGGCACUUCUGUCAAUAAAUCUCUUAAUGCUGCAAUAAUUGGUGACAAUCCUCCUCGAGGGAGGGGAGUUGAUGAAAGAGCUGCCCGUGCAGCAGCUGAAGUCAGAAAGAAAGCUGCAGCUUGGGGCCUCUUGAUACAUCCACAUGGCAUUCCAGUACAAGCUAUGCCACCACUUACUCAACUCCUCAAUAUUAUCAAUUUAGGUGUGACCCCUAAUGCGGCAGAAGGUGGGGAAACUGAUGGAGUGAAGAAGAUAGCCAAUGGCCAUCCUUCAAAUGGCCCAGUGGAUUCCAAAAAUGAUGAAUUGACAUCAGCGCAAGAAGAUCAGGCUCCUAUUGGAUUGGGCACAGGCUUAGCAUCAUUGGAUGCCAAGAAACAAAAAGCAAAAGCCAAAGCUACAACUUGA